AUGGCACUCCCAGAAUUCAAGCAAAACUUCCUCAAGGACUGUGUGUCGGCGGGUGCACUAAAAUUUGGCACCUUCACUCUCAAGUCCAAACGCAUUUCGCCCUACUUCUUCAAUGCGGGGCUAUUCCACAGAGCCGACUUGCUGCGCUCAAUAUCUUCGGCCUACGCCCACACACUCAAGGCGCACGGCGAGGCCGAUGCCUCUUUCCAAUGGGAUAUCCUCUUCGGACCCGCAUACAAGGGCAUUCCCCUCGCAGCGGCAUCAGUUGAUAAACUUGCCGAUCUGGAUCUCGCCAAGUACGGACAGAAGAGCUACAGUUUCAACCGCAAAGAGGCAAAAGACCACGGUGAAGGUGGCAACAUUGUCGGUGCCAGCCUCAAGGGAAAGAAGAUUGUUAUUGUCGACGACGUCAUCACCGCUGGUACUGCGAUCCGAGAGGCUAUCGACAUCAUCAAGAGGGAGGGCGGAGAGUUGGUUGGGAUCAUUGUUGCCUUUGAUAGGCAAGAAAAGACUCCUACUGCCACUGACGAUGACGGUAAGCCUGGGCCAAGUGCAAUUGGCGAGGUGAGGAAGCAGUACGGUAUCCCAGUGCUUGCUAUCCUAACACUGGAUGAUGUGGUCGAGUAUUUGAGGAGUCUGGGCGGAGAGGAGGACCUGAAGAGGCUAGAUGAGUACAGAGCCAAAUACAGGGCCAGCGACUAA